AGCGAGGACCACAAGCCAGCAUGAGGACUGUUUCAUCCUGUGCAAAAUAGCUGCGCCUCCAUCCGGUGUGCCGCUGUGUGUAUUGUGCUUGAUAACUGUAAAUGAGUGUUUGUGUUUUUCAAAGAUCUUUUGUCAUCCCCCAUUGACUUUAAAAAGCCCCAACUUCCCUAUGUUCCCUAUGGUAGGUGCUAACGUGCUCAGCAUUUUAUCAGUUACCCAAUUUCUCUCAGCUUCCACAUUUGCAUUUGAGAGUGGCCAUGACAGCUUCUGCAGAGCUGCUCAGUGCUGCAAGGCAUGCUGGGAACUCUUCUUGAGGCCACGCUGGUGGUCAGCCCCGUUUGACACCAGUGGCGCAUCCAGAAUGCUCAGCAACGCCACUGUGUUUCUUCUCAGUGUGUUUGGAAAGAAGAUUACUGUUGCAGAUGCAUCAGCUCAGUGUUGCUGCUGAAGCCGCUUCUUCUAAACUCAGACUUUGAAGCAUGAAGCAAAUUGGCCAUCUCUUUGUCCUCCUGGCCUCAUUUUCGGCUCCUUCCUGGAUGACGGCCCUUGCAGAUACUGUGACUGCACAUCCAUCAGGCCUUUGGCUGUCUCUUUCACCUCCACACAACACUUUUGCUCGAGGAGAAUUGGCUUCAUUAAUAUGCUCCCUCCCAGAAGGACAGAGGGCAACGGGGUUCUAUUUCUAUGCAAAGAGAGGAGGUGUACUAGUCAUGUAUGGACAACAGGCGGAAAAUAUCUUGGAGGUUUCCACAAAAUACCUGGAAACAAACAAAACAUUUGUCUGUGCUUACCUGGGGGAAAAGAGUUCAGGAGGACUCUUCCUGUCUUCGCUGAGUAACGAGGUUGUGCUGUCCAUCACUGACCUUCCUCGUGCUCCAGUUUUCUCUGUUUCUCCAAAGAAGGAUGUCUAUACAAGUGGGGAAUCUGUGGAACUCAAGUGCUCAUCUUCUGAAACCCGUAAUUUAUCAAGGACCCAGUUUUUCAGGGACCAUCAGGAUCUGCAUUCAGUCAAGCCCUCCUCUCCCUCCUCUCUGAACAACGUCACACACACCCUACGCCUUGCUAUUCAAGAUGAUGGAGAUUACUCCUGCAGGUACCACAUUGUGGAAUCCGGGCGAGAGAUCGCAUCCAGAGAGAGCAACUCCAUCAGGAUUUCGGUUCUGCCUCCACCAGCUCCAGAGCUGUCCAUCAUCCCUCCAAGACAGACCUUUCUCCAGGGACAACGGAUCACGUUGAAAUGCUCCCACCCGGAAGGGCAGCUGGCAGCCAAGUUCUUCUUUUAUGAAAUGAAGGCAGAACGUGGGUGGACUAAACUCCAAGAACAGUUCGAUAAUACCCUGGAAAUCACUGCAGAAUUUCAGGAAAUAAAUAAAUCAUUUGUUUGUGCCUACAUGGAAGAAAGCAGUGCAAGACAACUCUCUGUCCAGAGUAACCGCAUUGAGUUUUCUAUCACGGCGUCCUUCCCACCUGCUGAACUUUUUCAGCAACCACAGGAACCUGUUUACAGUCCAGGAGAACGGGUUACCUUGACCUGUUCAGCUCCUGAGGAAAUGGACGUGGCAGGAGUCAGCUUCUACAAGGAACAACAUGAUCAGAACUACAAGGUGUUGCCAGAUCAAGGAAGCGGCCCCUAUGCAGCAUUCCCUGUGAAUAAAAAUACUGCUGGAGUAUACAGAUGCCUAUACUGGGUGCAGAAUUCACGACAGAUGAUCCAGUCCCCAAUGAGCUCUUCCGUCUCUGUAGUCAUGACAGAACACCCUCGUCCCCCAGUCUUAACUGUUUCGCCAGAAAAGGAUAGCUACAGAAGAGAGGAGUCCAUAAAACUUAGAUGUUCAGCUUAUGAAAGCCGUGAUGUAUCAAAGAUCCAGUUUUUCAAGGACAAGAGGCAACUGCAACUCAUCAAUGUCCCCUCCUCUCUGAACACCUUCACACACAUACAACUGCUUCUUCCUCAAGAUGGUGGAGAUUACUCCUGCAAGUACCACAUUGUGGUAUCAGGGCGAGAGUUCCCAUCCAGAGAGAGCAACUCCAUCAGGAUUUUGGUACUGGAUGAACCACUUUCCACAAUGCCUACCUUUUCCACCCCGGACCAGGCUGUUCUGAGUUUUGCCUCCACAACCAGGCCACCUAGAACGUCAACACUGGCAACUUCUUCAACCAGCUCUUCUCGCUACAUCGCCAGAACACCCUCAACACGCACAAAGCUCCUUGCAUCAAGCACCUCCUGGUCCAGCUCUUCGCAGAUGAGUCUGCAUUAUAGCACCUCAACCAGCAGCACCAAUGCUCAGGAGAGCAGGAAAUCAUCCUCCUGCUGUGAUCCCAAAUCAAUCACAGACCAAAAGAAGGAUGAUUCAGAAAAAGGUUCAUAUCCUUUUCUUCUCCCACUGGCCAUUGGAUGUGGCACCGGCGGAUGCCUCCUCCUCCUGGUGUUUGUUGUCUGCAUUUAUAGGAGGAAGCACAAAGAUAAGAGAGCGGUCACAGCAAGCAGCUACUGGAAAACACUGGACAUUCGGCAGUCCCUGAAAAGACGAUGCAAAGACCCCACCGGAGUCUCUACAAAUCUCAAAGAAAGGAACAUGCCUGGCUGGAUGCAGCCAGCAAGCGAAGACUGGGGGAUCCUGCCAAAAGCCAAAAGCCCCAUGCCAAAAGCCAGGCAUCCAUUAGAAAUGAGGAAAGCAGAUGAAGACACCGAUUCUGGAGCCAAUUUUGAAUUCCCCGAAAUUGAUGCAACGUACUCGCUUCUUAGCUUCCCCUGCUCCACAUUCUUCCUGGAAGAAAACGACAGACCCUCGGAGGAGCCAGUCCCAUCCCAGAUUCCACCUAGGUUGCUAUCUCAAGUUACUGGACCUCAGUGAGGAGAAUCCCCAUUUUACAGACAAAGGACUCUGACUUCCGUUCGUUUUUAAAAAUAAUUUUAUAAGUUGUGUGUCCUUGUUGCUCAGCUUGACCCUUUUACAUGAUUUUGUACGUUUUGUGGUAUUUGUGCAUUGUGAUCUGCUGUUAUUUUAUUGAUUAUAGAUUAGUAAUUCCUUAUUGUAAUUGAUAAGUGUGAACUGCUAGAUUAUUAUUUGCUGAUGUUUAAUUUUACUGCUUAGUAUUGGAUCCUAAUAGAUUGUUGAGUAUUGCUUUAUUUGAUAUAGGUUGUUUAUUUUAAAGGUAUUGUGGCUUUUUAUAUAGGAUCUGAUUGUUACUAUUAAUUUUUUGAUGUUUUAUUAUUAUUUUUAUGUGUGUU